AUGGACGAUGUGCCCCCGCCCCCACCGUUCCCGCUCGUCAACCCCCUGAACCUGGACCCACCACUGCCAUCGCCAUCACCAUCGCUAUCACCCUCGCCCCCACCGUUCCCACUCGUCAUCCCCAUGAACCUGGACCCACCACUACCAUCACCAUUGCUAUCACCCUCGCCCCCACCGUUCCCACUCGUCAACCUCAUGAACCUGGACCCACCACUGCCAUCGCCAUCACCAUCGCUAUCACCCUCGCCCCCACCGUUCCCACUCGUCAACCCCAUGAACCUGGACCCACCACUACCAUCACCAUUGCUAUCACCCUCGCCCCCACCGUUCCCACUCGUCAACCUCAUGAACCUGGACCCACCACUGCCAUCGCCAUCACCAUCGCUAUCACCCUCGCCCCCACCGUUCCCACUCGUCAACCCCAUGAACCUGGACCCACCACUACCAUCACCAUUGCUAUCACCCUCGCCCCCACCGUUCCCACUCGUCAACCUCAUGAACCUGGACCCACCACUGCCAUCGCCAUCACCAUCGCUAUCACCCUCGCCCCCACCGUUCCCACUCGUCAACCCCAUGAACCUGGACCCACCACUACCAUCACCAUUGCUAUCACCCUCGCCCCCACCGUUCCCACUCGUCAACCUCAUGAACCUGGACCCACCACUGCCAUCGCCAUCACCAUCGCUAUCACCCCCGCCCUCACCGAAUGAUUCACAGUUUGAAAACACUGUGGUAAAGUCAAUGAAGAAUGAUAACAGUGGGAGCAUUGAAACAGCUAAUCUUUGGAACAUGGGCAGUAUAUAG